AUGGCUGACCUGUCGCGUCGCCUUAGGCUGGUGUCCUUUCUUGAAACGGGCAUCGGUUCCCUCAUCAACUGCGACGAGCUGCACCUCGCCGACCAGCUGGCCACAGGCUUCGGGUUUGAGAGCUCCGACCAGAAGCUGGCAAUGACCUUGGCCUCCGUGGCCGGUGGGAAGCCUGAGGCCGUGCAGCUGAGAUCCGCUUCGCCGGAGCCCAGCGAGGCGGCCAUCGCCGCGGCUGAGCAAGGGGACGCUGAGCCUUUGCUGAAAGAGCUGGGCUCGCACUGCUCGGAGCGGAUCGCCUUGUACCUGCGGCGGUGCAUGAUGUUCUACUCGGUGUCCAAGAACAUCGGCAUGGAUUACGAGGAGGUGGAGAAAGUGGAGCCCACGGAGCUCCUCUCCUUGCUCUUGCGACCACAGCCGCACGUCGCGGACUUCGAGCUGUGCAGGAACCUCAUCACCGGGUUCCCGCGGCCUUUGGAUGCGGGGGCAGUGGCAGAGGUGCUGUCCAAUGCCUUUGUGGAGUCCAUGCUGGUCUAUGGCGUGAUGCCCUGGGCAGAGGAACGGUUAGAUGAGUUCGUGGCGCUUUCGCGGGCUUCACAGGAGCUGCUGGGCAAUGCUGCGAUGAAGAGGAUCCCCAGCUUCAGGAACCGGCUGAUGAAGAGCCCCGACUAUGCGUCCAGGAUCGUUCCGGAGCAGACGUUGGAUCCAGAGACGGAGGUGGAGGUGCUGGUUAUGGCGUACCACUCCUUCGUGCAGGGCUGCUGCGAGCGCUCGGUGAGCGAGCUGCUUUGCUUCCUGCAGUCGCGGGCAGAGCUGUAUGUGAAGCGUGGGCACUUCCACCUCUUGGUGCGUCUGCUGGUGGCGAUUCCGGAGUACCACGCUAUGGAGUACAUGUUCGGCCUGCUGGUUCGGCACGGGCAGCUGCAGAUGCUCCUCACUGAGGGUCGCAGGAUUUUUCGGCAGGAUGCCGCCACCCGAGCCUGCGGCCACUCCUCGCUGGCGGUGGCGCUGAUUCGGUACCUGCAGGUUCACUUCCCCCUGGACUUGGAGAUGCAAGUCCAGGUGCACUGCAGCUUCGGCCUGGAGGCGGAGCUCGCGGAGCUGCUGGAAACCAAGGCGGGUGAGGUGGCGCAGCGCAUAGGGCGCAAAUGGACAGACAUUUGCUCGCAGGAGGGCGAGGAACAGCUCCUCUUGUGCCUCUCCAUGUACCUGCAGUGCGCGCGGCUCUUCCUGAAGGGCCAGCGGCACCAGCGGCACCUCAAGGCCAACGAGCGCGCGGCGCUGAUCUGCCUGCAGCUCAAGGCGGUACAGAUCCACUUGGCCGCCUCACUGCACGAGCAGCAGAAUGCCCUGGCUGCGGGCCAGGCGAACAUGGACUGGGCGGAAGUGCCCGCGGAUGGCCUGGCGCUCAGCUUCAUACACAAUGGACAUGCUCGUUUCGCCCGAGGCCCGGAGGCGCUGGCCAACGCCUUGGCGCGGGCCUAG